UUGAAUAAAUAAAUAAGCUUCAUCUCACCGCUAGCAGAAUGUUUUGUUGGAAAAGCAAUACGAUGAUAUCGCCGAGUAAAGUAGUGUUACUCGGCUGUGGAUCUUACAGUCCUGUAACAAACAUGCAUCUACGAAUGUUUGAGAUAGCAAGAGAUGCAUUAAACAAAACAGGAAGGUUUCAAGUGACUUCUGGUAUUAUGUCCCCUGUCAGUGAUGGCUACAAGAAAAAGGACUUGGUGCCAGCCAAACACAGAUGUGAAAUGCUGAAGGCAGCCUUAAAAUCAACAGACUGGAUCAAAUUAGACACAUGGGAAUGUCAGCUUAGUGCGUGGUCUCAAACUGCUAAAGUGUUGAAACAUUUUAAAGAACAAGUUGAAAUCCAGUUUGGGCACAAACCUUCUCCAUCUAAAAAAAGGAGAAAACAGCCUCACAGUUCAGUGUCAGACAUAACACAGAACCAGAUCCCAAAUAUAGAUGGUGAAUCAGAUCAAGUCCCUUGUGUCAAGUUAUUGUGUGGAGGGGAUCUUCUAGAAUCUUUUGCUGUUCCAGGUUUGUGGGAGGAGGAGGAUAUUGAAUACAUUGUUGGUACACACGGUUUAGUUGUCAUCACAAGAUCAGGAUCUGACCCACAGAAGUUUAUUUAUGAAUCAGAUAUUCUGACUAAGUUUAAAGAAAAUAUUUUUAUAGUCACAGAAUGGAUUACCAAUGAUAUAAGCUCUACAAAAAUUAGGAGAGCACUCAAACGAGGGGAGAGUGUCAAAUAUUUGCUGCAGGAUUCAGUAAUUGACUACAUCAGAGAACACCAGCUUUAUGGCGUGCCUGAUAAUAAGUAUAUAAAUCAUAUGAUGCCAUCUCCAAAUGGUCAUACAGAUGCUUCAGUUGAAGCAGAGGACCAGUCCAAUUCUUCCUCGCCAGCAGAGAUCAGUGUUGUCCUGAGAUCCUCCCCACGCGGAGGCUAUGAAACAUCUCACCUUACCCUGCACAGGAUGACCACCACACUGGACAAAAGGGCUUCUCCAGUCACCAGGCUAAUGCCUACCCACAACUCCAACAGUGUGCCUUGCUUUUCUGACUUAGGCAUGCUGGUCAGGCGAGUGAAAAAUGUACGUGUUGGCUUUACUCCUGAAACUUGUGUUUAAUUUUUUUAUUGCUUUCUUUGAUAACCACAAGCAUUAAUAUUCUCAGAGAAAGAUAACUCAAUGCUUGUUAAAUAAUGAAACUGUGUAUUGGAAAUAGUACUUUAACCGAUUAAAUAAAGAGCAGUAAAUUAAUUACUUGUUUUUAUGCUCUACUUGAUUACUGCUUUAGCCUGUGGGUACUAUCAGACAGGUUUAACAUAUUAACUGGAAUGCAUAAAACUACUUAUUCACCCAAAUAAAAAAAAACAACUAGAGUUUCAGUUUCAUGCAGAAUUUAGUUACAAAAUGCCAUUUUGCUAUUUACUGCCAACUUGUAUAAAACUAUGGUGGCGACCAAAGAUACAAUUACCUGGUGCUUUUUUCAAGCUGAUUUUGUUGUAUAUUUGCUAAAAUGUAUCUCUUUUAUCAUUACUAUGUUUGCAAAACUGAAUUUAAUGUUCAGUGUAUUCACCAUGUACCUCAGUUACUUUCCUGCUGAUUGUUGCUGAUUCAAGUAAAUAUACAUUACUGUUGUCUUUGACAACACAUCAAACAUAAAGCUUAUUUUUAUAUGUACAUAUCUUUAAUAUGCAUUUAAAAUAUCUUAAAAUUGUAUUCUAUUUUCUCAUGGAUAGAUAUUUUAUUGCAGGGGAACUCAGUAUUUUUAAUUUUAACUAAGCACAAUUUUUUUUAACAUUUCUCAUUGUGUCAAAUUGAUUGUGUGACAGCAGAUAUUGGGAGAGUGUCUAGAGAAAUAUAUGAACUUAAAUUUUUUAUUUUACUUGGCAUUUUAAUUUUUUUGUGACUAAAUAGGCACAGUUUUUUAAAAUAGAAUUUUUCUAAAACAGCAUUUGAUAGACAAUCUAAGUUGGAAAUAUUAUUACAUUUACAUU